AUGACUAAAGAGGAAGAAUCUGCUAGUGAUUUCACCAGAAGGCCGAAUCCUAAAGGGUGGACAUUACCAAAAGCUCCUUAUAAUCCGUAUGAUCCAGCGGAUGUACGUCCAGCUCAAGGGUAUCCAUCAGAAUAUAAUUUGCCAGGACAGCAACCCAAGGGGUUUUCUUCUAUACCGAGGCAGCCAACACAGUACCAGAAGGUGAAUGAGACAAUGGAACGACUUAAUUAUACAGCCAGGCCACGUUCGGAUCUAUAUCCUGGGCAAUAUAAAGUCUUGCGUAGAGUCGAUACCAAUAGAAAUCUCAACAUUGGCUCACGUUGGUUUGGAACAUUUUUGGGUGGGUCAAUAGUAAUAUAUUUUGUUUUCUUUUAUAGGUGGAACGAGGGGAGAGAAAAUGUCUUUACAGGUUUCUAUAGAAGCCAACUAUGGUUGAAGGAGAAAUUAUUUGGGUUAACCAAAGAGCAGUACGAUGACUUGCAUUUCCCACAUCAGAGCCACACCAUGGUGAAGGGUGUUAAAGACGCACUAUAUAUCCCUGAGGAUAUGAGAAAGACUCAAGAAGGCCAGUUUGCCUUGAAUAGACCUAGUGAAAGACAUAUAUUAGAAGCGGAAAGAAUCCAGCAAGAGAGGGAGGAAGAGCUCUUAUCGAAAAGCUAG